AAAGACUUCACUUUCAUAUAAUUGUCCGAAGUAUCACAUGUUUUAUGAAACAUUAACAAAAAUUAACAAAAAUAUUAUGAACGUAGUUAUGAUCCUUCACGUUGUUCAUCUUGACUUUUAUCAACAUAGAAGACGGAGAAAGGGUUUUAAAUUUGAAAAGUGAAAACCACUGGGAAAAAAAGUGCAAGGAAGUUUUGGAACAUGCUUGGGAUGGGGAUGUCAAUUCUUGUUUUUUUUUUUUACAAUUCUGUCAAACAACGUGGGAGGCACAAUUCUAUGAAAGGCUUGAGGGACCAAUCGGGUAGAUGGGUUUCCGAGAGAGGGGAGUUGAAUCAAAUGAUUGUACAAUAUUUCUCGAGGAGAGAAUCAUUCAAAGAAUUGAGGAGUGGAAUGCACGGCUCCUUCCUAAAGCGGGGCAUGAAGUUCUUCUAAAGACGGUCAUUCAAGCAUUAACCCAAUAUGCGACGAAUGGUUUUUUCUUCCCAAAGGAAUUGUGCGGUGAAGCUAUCUGGGAAGCUUGGAGAGAGACAAAGACAGUUGCUUUUGAGUGUGCAGCUCCGAAAAAGAAACAAAGAUGGAAAGCGCCAGGGACGGGGUGUGUAGAGCUAAAUGUAGAUGCCGCGGUAGAGGUUUCCGUUUUAAAUCGAGGAUUCAGAAUGGUAGUCCGAGAUGAGAACGCCUCAUGUGUUGCAGUUAGAAGCCAACCUUGGAGGAGAAGUUUUCUGGCACGGGAUGCUGAAGCAUUAGCCAUUACGGAGGCGUUGCUAUGGGCACGUCAACAUGGAUGGUUGAACAUUGUUAUCGAGUCCGAUGCUAAACAAGUUGUUCAUGAUAUCAGUUUCUACCACCACAUCCGGUCGAACUGAAAUAAAAAUAAGCACCGCACCGUAAAGGGAAAAACAAUACGAAAAUAAAAAAAUUCCCCAAAUUACUUCCUCGUAGGGAGGUGUUUCCGAAAAAGGGCGAACUGUUGUAGGAUGAUAGAAGAGAAUUUCAAACAUUCCAACCUUAAAUGAUAUAUUUUAUGUUGAAUUGAAAAAAUUCACUUUUAUCUAUUUAGUUUUGGUGAAAUCCAUACCAAUAAUCUGUACUUGUAGUGAUUCUACAAUAAUAAUCUCUACUCAAAAAGUCAAUACAAAUAAGUCAAACUCGUAAACACAUCUACAUAAAUAGAUUAAACUUUCC